UUACUCAGGAGAUGGCAUGAAACUACACUACGGUUUACACUGAAGCUGACUUGCUGCGUAUUAAUAGAACGUAGGCUCUUAGCAGACUCGUGUAUCCAGUGUUGAUAAAUGAGUUUAUAAACACACGAGUGUUGUUUUCUGUACAUAGUCCUACCUCUGUGUUGUUGUGUGGAGAUUAAAGGAUGGGAUUUAUCAGUAUUACUUAUUAAUGAUGUGAAUUAUCUUUACACAGAAACAAUGGUAUGCUAAAUCAACUUCAGUAACGUGCUCUUCCCGGACAUGAGUUAAUUUACUAUUUACGAUUUGCCACAAACAGGAAUAUAAUUGGACAUAUCAACGGUUUAAAGAGAGGAAAUUGCUCCAAUUUACUGGCAUUCUAUUUCCAAGGACCAUUGGAGAAGAAGACCUACUUGCCAAGCCAAAUCAAACGCGUGUAGCAGGAAAAUUGGAAAUGAAUAUAAAAUCACAUUAUCGGACACAUUAUCGAACGUCGGAUGGCUAAAUGACCUUAAAGUUUCCCUGAUAUUAAAGGCUGCUCUAUAGUCACAUACGUUGAAAAUAUACAUCAGAACAGAAAUAUCUGAAUCAACCUUCAAUGAGAGGUUUUUGCAAAUGACAACAAGCUAGAGUAAUUGAGACACUCUAGAUUAGAAUACCAUAUAGGCAGACUCACAGUUUGAAAUUACGCUUCUUUAAAGUACUGAUUGUGUUCAAGAUAGUAGAGAAAAAAAAUACAGACAAUGUCUUUGUCUGAAAUAAUGGAAACUAGGAAAACAAGACCACUGUAACCUUUUCGGACGAAUUAUUGGUUGGAACGAGCCUUUGACAGGAGCGUGUUAAUUUGGAGACAAAAUGGAUGGCGUUUUAGACAUAAUUGUAAAAAGUAGUUUGCAAUUGUGUUACUGACAUUUGUUUCACUUCAUUCGGAUGUUUUCUGUGCCGGGGGAAAAUGGGACUUCUAAUUUGAAUAUAUUGGAUAUUUCUAACGCCUUUGUCUUGGUUUAAAAUGAAUCAAGGAAGUCAAACAAAACCUGGGCAUUGCCCUUUCAAAAUAUCCAGCCGAAUCAUACUUGGUUCAUUUUUGACUUUGCUCUUUUUUGUACUUUUAAAUCUGUUAACAUCCACAUCGAAAAUUGCCUUAGGUGUUGAUAUGUCAAUCAACAUGAAGUCAGAUGUAAUAAGUGCUUUUAAUGAAGCGUUAAGUGCCGUUCAUAAUAACUCUGGUACUAUCAGAGGGAAUUUGACUUUAAAGUCAUUCAAUUCUAAGGAAGAAGCAGAAAAUGAUUACAAAAACUGGAUGGAGGGGCAUAGUAUUCGCAAAGAUCUCGAGUCGGAGCUUGAAACCGAUCGAACUCCAGAUGGUCGUAUUAAGUUAAACAUUCCUGAGAAAGGAGUCGCUGUAGUUUCAACAACUAUUGGCUUUAACUACCAAAAUGCUCAAAUAGAUAUACUAGGCAACGCUGUGAAUUCGACUGAGAAUUCUAGAAAAUCAAGUUGUGACAAUUGUUUUAAACACAACUUUAAUUAUGUGAUACAAAACAAGCAUAUAUGUGAUGAUACCGGGGAUAAACAAGCAGUUGAACUGCUAAUUCUUAUUCUGACUUCACACAAAAAUGGAAAUGCAAGAAAUGCCUUACGGACAACUUGGUUGUCGGUUACAAAAAACAAUACAGCGAACAUACGGCACGCGUUUUUACUUGGAGAAGUGCAUGAACCUAUGAUUAAAGAACGUGUUAAUAAGGAAAAUGAAAGGUAUCGCGAUAUUAUCAAAGAAGAUUUUAUUGAUGUUUAUCAAAACCUCACCUACAAGACCAUAAUGGGCUUCAAGUGGGCAUCAACUAUGUGUCCAAAUGCGCAGUUUGUUAUGAAAAUAGACGACGACAUGUGGUUGAAUGUCCCCAAUAUAAUGAAUUUUUUGUCAAAUUCCUCCAUGAAAACACUUCUCCAAAACACCGUCACAGGUAUGUGCUCGAGUAAAGCUCAGCCAAUCAGAAGCAAGAACUCCAAAUGGUAUGCGUCUUUAAUCAGCUACCCGGAGAAGUUCUAUCCGGGGUUUUGCUCAGGAACCGGUUAUUUAACAAGCAUGAAUGUUGCAAAAGAAUUAUACCGAAUAUCACCAAAUGUGCCCUUCUUUCAUCUGGAGGAUAUAUAUAUAUCACUGUGUAUCAAGAAAUUGGGAUUUAAAUUGAAAAGAUCACCUGGGUUCAACGCGAAUAGGCCUAAACUGGACCCAUGUCUUUAUAAAGGAUCAACGCUGAUAACUGCUCACCAGUUGUCCCCAACAAUGUUAAAGCUGAUAUGGAAUAAGCCAUGUCGGAUUUCAGAAAGACCAAAUAUGAAAUAACCCAUUUAUUUCUAAUACAAUAGUUUGUUUCGGGUAUCCUGGAACUACCAAUUUCUCACAAAUAUUCAAUGUUUUGUGUUUUAACUGGUGAAUACACAAAACUAUUAAUGAUUAUUUAGGCUGAUGGCUUUAAAUGUGAUUGUUAUGUAUGCAUCCCCAGCGUAUUGUCAGUAUUAAGACAUAUGCUUUUAGAAAGUUCAAAGACUUUAGAAUAACGGUCUUAAGCAAAUGUCUCAAAUUGACCUCCCUUUAAAGUUUGAAUAUGUUAACCUGCAUAAAAAUCAGGAAUAAUGUGUCAAUUCUAUGACAAAUUUCAAAUAUUGUAGACAUUAUUGUAGCAUUACUCUACCAUGGCCAGUCAAUUAUGGAAAGGUGGAUGAAUAUUUUAAAAUGAAACGUACGCUCUUAAUUAUCUUGCCUUUAUUACAGAUGUUAAAGUAAUAAGUUUCGUAUGAGCCACCUGUGUCACAUAGCUAUAUUUUCUUAUGAAAAUUGAAAAAUCCUAUAUUAAAACCGAUACUUUUUAUAUUGCCGGUCUUUUUAAAUGAUCUCUUCUACAAGCAUCUUCUCAAUUAUUGUUGUUGAUGAUUUUAAACAAGGUCAAAUAGGUAGCUCGGCGUGAUAGAUAUAUUCACCUAAUACAGCCUGAAUACAUAGAAUAUGAAUAUGAAGCACUAUUUGAGACAAAAGCAGUAGUAUCGAGGUGCACCUCUACCUUUACAGAUGCCGGUCUCAUUGAAGAUUUGCACCACUACUUUUUUACCUUUUAAUACAGGUGCAGGUUCAAUUAUGGGUCUAAUUCUAUUGGUGAAUUAUCGAUGGUAAUGGAUUAAUCGUAGCCACGGGCUAAGAAAUAAUGAUCGGCGACGAUGUUUUGCCAGUUGGUUGCCGUGAACUCUAAGGCCGAUUCUUCGUUAUUUAUUUUCUCGUUCAUUUUAUUUUCUAUUUCCGCUCAAAAAUAUUACAAUCUAUAGCCAAAUUCCUAUGUUAUUAGAAUGCAAUUAUCAAAUUCAGUCAAUAACAUUUCAGUCAACUCGUCAGAUGUUUCACUUCUGUAUUUGAUUUGAUUUUAUUAAGCCAUACUAUAAGUGUGGUUUUAUUAACCACGCGAAAUGACACAAAGUGUGUUCUUUUUAAUUUUCAGAUAAAUUGUCAGAUAAGUCGGUAAUGAAAAUAUAGACGACCGCCAAAGACUACCUAUUUGUCCGAACAAUUUUAUUUUCCACAUGUCAAGCCUUUUUAAAACAUUAUCGAAAUAUCCGAUUAAUGAGUCGGUCUGGCUGUCGGAUUAGUCGGUAAUGAAAAUAAUCAAAUAUAGACGAUCGCCCAAGACUACCUAUUUGUCCGAAUAUUUUUAUUUUCCACAUGUUAAGCAUGUUUAAAACUUUAUCGAUCAAGCUUUUUUGAUGCCUGUGUGAUCUGUUUGUGGACUUUGUAUUUGGGUAUGUGGUGUUUAUACAUUUGUGUGUUUAGGUCUCUCUCGUUUGGGCUUUUGCCUUGUGCCUCUGAACAGGGGUUUACCUACUACUGUGCUUGUCCAUGUAUGUGUAUUGAAGCUGAUUCAGACCUGGUAUAUCUCUUAUAGUUUGUUUUUAAAUCGAAUUUGUUCGGAAGAUAUUCCCUCAUAUGACAAUCAUUAAAUGAAAUAGAGUCAUUUGCAUAUUUCACGGGAGUAUUGAUGGCUUGGUAUUAGAAUAAAACGGAAUAUGAAUUUAACGUGCUUGUUGUAAUGUCAUCGAAUAAAGAAUAUAUGUCAGUAUGUUAGACAGUUUGUCAGCUCUUAAACCAUCGUUGCUAUGCGAACGCAUUAACCAUUUAUAUAUAAAUCCUCGAAUGCAGAAUAAAUGAUUAUGUUGAACAAUUGUAAACUCUCAAAACCAUCGAUGCCUAUACGUUUAUAUUAGUUUCAAUAGAAAACUUUUGUCCACUCUCAAAACCAUCGUUGCAUAAACUUUAAUAUUAGUUUCCAUCAGAAAAAUAUUUUUCCAGUCGUUUUCUUGCGUCGUCACAACUUGCUUAACCAAACAUCUCGUGCAUUAACCUGUUUCCAGACUAUUGAAAGCAAAAACCACCUUUAAACCAGACAGACUGCAACCUAGAAAAUUGGCAUACAGCAUCAGCAUCAUGAUCUCAUGUCUCUACUAAGCUUUUUCAUAUAUUGGUCUUAGACUGAAGGUAGGCUCCGUCAUGAAUCUUGUGAUGUUUUUCUAUUCAUACUUAUUGGGGUCACUUACUCAUAAUCUGUUCGAGAGAGCCAUUCAAUCCAUGACGUUAAACUUAUCAGAAUUCCUCAGCAUUGUCUCUGGCUUGUUGUGGAUGCUAUUGUACAUAGAAAAUCUGUUGCGAUUUACUAAAUAUAAAGCAACGCCUCGGUAACUAAUAUCGAUGUCUUUGGGCACAUAUUGACAGUGUCGUAAAUGUUAAUCAAAGAGUUUGACCUUUAAAAUGACUUCAUUCGUAUUGAUUAGUUAUCUUGUUUCAAAUGCACUGGCUUGAAAACUGCCUGUAACUUAAUGAAGUACUGGACAAUAUGUGUAUAGUAAUCAUAACAAAUUUCAUAUCGGGCAUUCACAAAAACUUUCACAUUUUAAAAGCCGUAGCUAUUCCUAGCUAAGAUAUUUUCACGGUAUUUGUUUGUUUCAUAAUGUAAGGAUGCAUAAGUUCUAUAUUUCUGCUAUAUGAUUUCACAAACCUGAUAAAUGUUAAUCCGUCUGAAAUUGUUUUUGUCACUAGCAAGUCCUGGUCUAAUUCUAAUUCAAAUAUACUAGAUUACAUGCUUCAACAAUACCCAUCGCUUCAAAAAAUCUCCAAGAAAAUUAAAAGCAUUUAUAUAUUUUGUAUUUUUUUACUCUAUUUUCAUUGUAUUUCCUUCUUUAAUGUAUAAAGAUAUAGAGGAUAUUUGUUUAUUUCAGUGUAAGAUCGUAUUUUAUUUCACGAGUGUCAUAAUAAAACAUUUUUACACGAGU